UCGCUCACCGACGACGCGGCGGCGCGACGCCCGACCGGCGGCGGCGUCCGUCUCCCUGGCCCUUUUCGAGCGCCUCUCGCCGCGGCUGUUCGGUGGCCUACUGACGCUGCCCCGUUGGGCGCCGCAGGAGGGAUCAAUUGCUUGGUGUUGGGGAUUGGGCUUUUGCCAAGCUUGCACGAACGGAUUCAGCUUGAUGGGUGACGCCAAGGAAGAAGAGGAGUGGCCGCGCUGCGUCGGCUGUGGCCGGCGUGUGAAGACGCUGUACGUGCAGUACUCGCCGGGCAACAUCCGUUUGAUGAAAUGCGAUACCUGCAAGGCUGUUGCUGAUCCCUACAUCGAGUGUGAGUUCAUGAUAAUCUUGAUUGAUCUGAUUCUACACAAGACAAGAGCAUACCGUCAUCUUCUCUUUAAUAAGUUGAGGAUUUAUUCAUCACUUGACAAGGGAGUACUGGUGUUGUCCAUUCUGAUGCAUAUUGUUCUUGAUGCAUUCAGAAUAUCUUUCUCGAGAGGCAACAAAGCUGAUGGGGAUUCUUCCAUAAGCACGUUCUCCGCGAUUCUCAAGUGCGGAAAGGUUCUGAGCGAUGCAUUACUAGGGAACAUCGUGUUUAUGACCAUGUUACUUUUGGAAGUGCAAUUUAUCCUAAAACUGUCUUUUGAUAUUAGAAGGUGUAGGGAGGUUCUGUUAGCCGUCAUCAUUUCAAGCUACUUCAAGCUAUUUCUCAUAGCAAUGAUGGUUUGGGAGUUUCCAUCAUUUGUUAUAUUCUUUGUUGAAAUUUCCGUUCUCUCUUCAAAUACUGUAGCACUUAGAGUUGUAACAGAGUUUUCGAAGGUCCAUUGUUUCGGAGUCUGUUUUGGAGCGCACGCAGCAAGAUACUUGACUGAGCGAUGGCUCCUCGGGGCUCCAUGAACCCACCGUCAUGCUUCCUCCUUCCUGAGUCCAUCAAGCUCCCUGUAGCUUGUGGUGUCUCCCAAAUUCAUGAGGAUUCAGGACCACCCGCCAUGCUUCUUGCGACCAUCAAUCCCCAUAUAGGUCGCCGUACUCCCCAGUUUAUGCAGCAUCUAGGCAUACUGUACCACUUUGAUGAGCUUGCUCUGAUAAAAUCAAAUCUAAUCAUUUGAGAUGCACCCACUGACUAUGAUACACACUGUUCCUGUGAGUUGCUUUGGGCCAUGUUGGAACUGGAGGUCCUCAUUGCUUUUCGUACGA